AUGCUCGACUUUGCACCCACUGGCAACUACGACGGCGCCGUCCUGUACUCGACCAACCACGCCGCCUACCCGCCCGUCGCCCAGUCUCCCCAGGCACACUUGCUCCCGUUCCCCGCGAAGAAGUCUCCCCAGAGCAGCCCGCAAUACAGCCCUGCGUCCGUGCACGGCUUCGAUCCCUUUGCGGAAGACAGCAGCGACGACACGGCCUCCAGCUCGGGCUCGGACGUCAGCCGCGCAUCGUCCCUGGCAGAUUUCUCUCGCCAGCGCGACCAGGAUUACCGUGUCGCCGCCUGGGUGAACUACGGAUCGUCCUGCGCCUACAACCCAGCAUCAUUAUUACCGCAGCCGUCGCCGUACCAGCCAUCGCUGUAUACCCCUAUGUCUGGCAAUACCCACUACCACUCGCGUACUUCAUCCAGUUCGAGCGCCAGUUCAUCCCGUUCGGCAUUUAGCGUCGAUGACGAGCCCUACGUGAUCUACAGCACGCCGCUUCCCGGCGCACCGCCAGCGCCUGCCCCCGCCGCGCCACCGGCUCCUGCCGCGCACGUGUUGGGCCCGAUCGCGCCCCCACGCCGCCAGCACGGGCAGGCGAAGAGCUUGAGCGUUCCUGGACCGGUCUCUACGCCUCGCGUCCAAUCGAGCGGUGUACCCAUUCACCUGCCGCACCGGCGCUACGUCUCGCUCUGCUCCAUCCGCGAGGAAGACGAGACGCGGAUGUAG